GCAAAACAAAUUUCUCGAUCGAAAUUCUGGGGUGAAGCUCGGACUGUCGUACUUGAGCGUGAACCCAAUAAAUCGUUUGGUAUAUCCAUAGUAGGCGGACGAGUUGAGGUGUCUCAAAAAGGUGGAUUGCCUGGAACUGGUAGCACCGUGUUAGGAAUAUUCAUCAAAAGUGUACUACCAAAUAGUCCCGCUGGCCGAUCGGGUAUGAUGAAUAUGGGAGACCGAGUGAUUUCAGUAAACGACAUCGAUCUACGGGAAGCCACCCACGAACAAGCCGUCAGUGCCAUCAAGAAUGCCACAAAUCCAGUUCGAUUCGUACUUCAGUCACUUCACAGCUUCACUCCUCAACAGGUAAUGAUCGCUACUUUUGAAGGGACACCCCUUUUUAUUGAGGGCAACUUGCUCGAUAAAUCCAACAAAAUCAGCUUUGUUUGA